AUGAAUUAUCUUAUUAUUUUAAUUCUUAUUUUAAAAACUUUUGUUAUUUAUUCAAUAAGUAUUUUUAAUCAACAAGGAUUAUUUGACUUUAACAAUGAUUAUUACAAUAACAAUUUUUAUAAUCAACCACUAAUUAAUACCAGAGGUUUAUAUUUUAAAAGAGGUUUUGUUCCAUUAAAUCAAAUGAAAAUAGGUGAAGCUUAUGGAGAUGAUUUAACACAAUUUUGGCUUAUAUGCCAUGAUUGUCCAAAAUAA